AUGGAGGAGGUGAUGGAGGAGGUGAUGGAGGAGCUGAUGGAGGAGGUGAUGGAGGAGGUGAUGGAGGAGCUGAUGGAGGAGGUGAUGGAGGAGGUGAUGGAGGAGCUGAUGGAGGAGGUGAUGGAGGAGGUGAUGGAGGAGCUGAUGGAGGAGGUGAUGGAGGAGGUGAUGGAGGAGGUGAUGGAGGAGGUGAUGGAGGAGGUGAUGGAGGAGCUGAUGGAGGAGGUGAUGGAGGAGGUGAUGGAGGAGCAGCAGACUGGGACCAGCAGGAGACUCUGGGACAAGCAGCAGACUCUGGGACCAGCAGCAGACUGGGACCAGCAGCAGACUCUGGGACCAGCAGCAGACUCUGGGACCAGCAGCAGACUCUGGGACCAGCAGCAGCUGGGACCAGCAGCAGACUCUGGGACCAGCAGCAGACUGGGACCAGCAGCAGACUCUGGGACCAGCAGCAGACUCUGGGACCAGCAGCAGACUCUGGGACCAGCAGCAGCUGGGACCAGCAGCAGCUGGGACCAGCAGCAGACUCUGGGACCAGCAGCAGACUCUGGGACCAGCAGCAGACUCUGGGACCAGCAGCAGACUUUGGGACCAGCAGGAGACUCUGGGACCAGCAGCAGACUCUGGGACCAGCAGCAGACUCUGGGACCAGCAGGAGACUCUGGGACCAGCAGGAGACUCUGGGACAAGCAGCAGACUCUGGGACCAGCAGGAGACUCUGGGACCAGCAGGAGACUCUGGGACAAGCAGCAGACUCUGGGACCAGCAGGAGACACUGGGACCAGCAGCAGACUUUGGGACCAGCAGGAGACUCUGGGACCAGCAGCAGACUCUGGGACCAGCAGGAGACUCUGGGACCAGCAGCAGACUCUGGGACCAGCAGCAGACUGGGACCAGCAGCAGACUCUGGGACCAGCCACAGACUCCAUAAUAGUCCAUGAUUAUCAUCGAUCCUUGUGGUGGUCGGACAUGCACCAUCUUCAGUCUGUCCCAGGGCAGCUGUGGCACCAACAGUAA